AUGUCCCGACCGCCCUCCGUGACUUCCUACCACCACGACGAACUAAGCUCCCCCGAUCCUCUGGCCACCUGUGUCAACGAUGAGCCCUCGCAUGGUAACAUUGCACAUGGCAGUAGGCAACCGGCCCCGAAGCGCCAUUCAAGCACGGCAAUGAAGACCACAGGCAGAUCCGCCAACACAAGCACCUUCGGUUACGAAGCACUGGCCCCCUCCUCUCCGUUUCGCGCCGUCUCCGAACAGAAUCUGAGUCCCUGGAAGAUCAGGGUGACGGUGGAGGCAGAGCCAGAAGAUGCCAAUAUGGAAAGCAGCGCGCUCCUGACCAAGUCGAGAACGCGUACGACCCGAAGAUCAUUACAGCACGAGAACCCUGAGGUUGAAGGACCAAAAAAUCCUGCGAGAGGGGGAAAAUCCCCAUCCCGUGCGACAAAGAACAAGAGAAGCGAAACACCAGGGGCUAUUCGCAGAAACUCGGGUCGCAGCAGGAGACAGAGCGUGACGGACCUGGACAUAAUACCUCUGGGCGAUGACGCGGACGAGGACGACUGGUUGAAACAGAAGAAGUCGCCACGAAAGAGGAGGAAUUCUCGCAAGAGCGCCUCUACGCCCGUGGUCUCGACUCAAAAGGCCUCUCCAACAAAGUCUUCAAGGUCCAAUGCCAGCGCUUCAGGAUUCGAGGUGCGACCAGAUACAGAUACCGAAGACAGCGGUGGCGCGGAGGAGCAAGAGAAUGGUGUGGCGGAAUCCCAGUCCCCAGAACUUCGCACGAUCAAUCUUAAUCAAGUGUCGGUACGACCUCGUGCGUUGUCGACCAAGUCAAACGUGGAACAAGCCCCUGAAAGUGAGGAUGCGAUCGUGAGCGGAAAGACGAGAAAUACAUCAAUGAAGCAGCAAAUGGAAGUUCGAAAGGUGUCCGUUAACAGCGCCCUGAGCUAUCCAACUCCCUCUCCUACCUCCUCCUACCAUGGGGACUCUGACGACGUGGGAAGAGCUCUUGAUGACAAUGAUUCUCCAAUACAGCAUGAAAACGAAGCCUUUGAUACGAUUCUCGAGAGUGAGGGGUUUACCAUGAUCGAUUUGGACACUUUGCCCUCGGUGAGACGAAUCACGAGCAGCCCUCUUGACGGAGGAUCAACCUCCAGUCUUCACCCUUCGGACAUAGACGAUCCCAAGACACAUCUUCCAACCACUGGGGCUGGGAAGAGAGUAAAUGGCGACCUUGCAGCCUCAAAUCCUUCCGCUACAUUCCAAACGAUCACAUAUCCUGCCAUCAGGCCAGACGAGAGUGAGCUAUCAAGCACUGUCCCAUCAUCACCGCCCGCGUCGGACAAGAGCCAAGGUCUCCUGAAAGUUCCCUCGUCAUCCACAGCUGUGGGCCGAAAAGUAACACCACUACCAUAUUCAUCACCAAAGUUGCCAUCCCCGCCUAGACCCAAUGUCCGACGAACGCCACAUCAUCAACAUCGUGCCUCAGCUGGUGCCGUCUUUGCAGGUAUUGCGUUGCAAGAAGUAAUGUCGCCAGCUCGUUCUGGCGAGGGAGUGUUGGCAGGCAAGCAGGAUACGUCCUCGAACGCGAACUACUCCAGGCCAGAAGAGGAUAGGGCUCUAUUUGUGGGCUUUGAUUGUGGGACCCAACGCGAACUCAGAGCUGGCCUCCGCUUUGGCGAGGAGCUCGCAAAGAGACUGGCAUCUUCUCCUGAAGACCAAACAGCUUUAACCACAGCAAAAAACUCGGAACCAAACAAGAUUUCGAAUACGAAAAUCCCGGUCAGUUCUGAACAGAAUUCACGUACGCAGGUCUGGCGAGGCGAGAACCUGGUCCAACACACUCCAGUCCAUACAAGUGGUAGCUCAGAACCCAGUCGCGAAGUAACUGCGGUUCAUACACCUCCAAAUCCUGCACGCGACUAUGCCGAUAACUCACUCCUCGACACGCAAGCGAGGCGGGAACGCGAUUGGCAACUCGAGAGAGAAGCCAUAUCAAGAGAGAUCCAGAACGCCAGUGAAAGCCAAGUAAUUGUGAUUGACAGCGACGAUGAGGAAGAACAGCCAACUCCAAGAGCAGAAAGACAAGAGGUAUCACACCUUGAUCUCGAAUUCGACGCAGGCGAUGAGACCGACAUCUGGCUUGCGGAGGCCAAGAAUUCGUCAAGUCCAGGACUAGCCGUCCAGUCCAACGCAGACAGCCUCUUUACCCACACUGAGCGAAUCAAGCAACGACAACGGGCCCAGGAAGUUGUCAACAGACCUCGCAGAAGUCUGAUACCAAGUCCAUGGAAGAGGGGCGAGAAUCUUGAUGCUCCACAAGAACGAAGCACUCUGCUGUCCGCCGGUAGCGAGGAGGCGAGCACCUUGAUAUUUUACAAUGAGCCUGAGAACAAGAUCCGGUUUGGCGCUGGUGAGAUCAAGAGGGAGCAAUUGAGACUCAGAAGGAACAGCGGAAAGUUCGAUAUCGAUCUGAUGGCUGGCACACCCAGGGGGGAAGCCGCUGAAGACGGAAACGCGGAUAUCACAGAUACUAUCAUCUUUGAGGGAGACGAGCCAGAAGAGGACACUUCGGUCGCGCCAGGCUUGUCAAGUUCUACCGCUGAGUCUGAAGCAUCCAAUCUGGCAGACGAGCUGGACGAGGUUGGCGACUUAGCAAACGAGAUUUCUCAGUCAUCAGGAACUCUUGAAUCUUCGCCACAAGCUGUCAGGAUCCCUGUCAAUUUCAACGAUUCUUCGAUAUCCAUAUCAACACCACCUCCGCGACCGGCCGCAGCUCGAGCACAGCCACUCGAUCGCAAUGAAGCCAGAGAGAACUCUCCAACACGGCCGCCCACGCCUCGCUCUGCAAUGAAGGGUUCUCGCUAUAGCUGCAACCAGGGAUUGGGCACUGCAAGACCCGAUGCCACGGACAUGAUUAGGAAAGUCGUCUUUAGCCAAAGAUCGCGAGGAGUCGAUGUUGAUGGUCAAGAAAGCAGUUUCAGCAUGAGAUCCUCGACUGACGACUCUUUUGAGGAUUCAGUUGGGAUCCAGUUGAACCAAGACCUGCAAGCGGUCGAAAAAGAAACGAGGCGUACUGAUGACAGCCCGCCAGCUGUUCUUGAGGGAGACUUCAAAAGUCAAGGGACAAUGAGCGUUACGCAAGACGAGCCGUCGGUCGCCAAUCCCACACAGAACCAUGACAGACUCACCGUCGGUCAGUCUGAAGACCUUAUCAAGCCAACAAUGUCUUCCAGGGACCAACCUCAAAAUCCAGCAUGGGCGAAGACAAAAGCCUCCAUCUCUUCGUCGGAUAAAUCUUCCAAGAAGACUGAAGCAAAUUCUCACCGUGUCCCAUCGUACCUCACUCCACCGUCCUAUCCAUCUGACCCUCUCCGCUCCAUCAAGAAGCCCCUCGCUCUGACUGGAGACUUCUCAAACACCCACUUUCGCACCCUCCACAUCAUCUACAGGAAGUCACUCCGUCCGAAAUUUCAUGCGCCGCCUCGCACGAUGAUCCGUCCUGAAGUCCAUGCACUGCGGGGGACAGAGAUGGUGGUUGACGAAAGCGCCAAUGGACUCGUUAGGGGCGAGUUUGCGUGGACGGUGGGCGACGGAGAGUGCGAAGUCCUCGAGAGAUUUAUGCAGGAAUGCGAAUACAGCCACGGAUGGUACAAGGGUCAGCAGAUGAGACCAGAUGCGGCGGAAGAAAUCAAAUGGGGAUGGAGCGUCAAGCAGUUGGCGGAAUGGCUCUGCCGGAUUGUGGUUGGCGAGGUUGUGAGAGACGAGGAGAGGAAGGCAAAGGGUCAAUAA